GGGGGUCAUAGUAGAAGCAGGAGUAAGGAGGUCUCCACGGGUCCCAGGCCAUUUAUAAUUUAUAGGUCCUGCCUGGUCGAACCAGGGCUGCUGGUGAGCUGAGGAGAGCCUCUUCCAAGGAUAGCCUGGAAUAGUAGCCAGAUAGAUGCCUAAGACGCUGGGCCUCAGGGAUUUGGGACCCCCCUGCCCGGGGCUCCUACUAGCCAAGCCCCUGCCUCACUCCGAAGAGGUGGGGGGGUGUGGAGAUUAACCAGAGAGGCUGUUUCUUCCUGCCCCCGCGAAAAGGCAGAUUUGGGGCGUUUGAGCCCACACCCAGACCAGAACCCACCUUCUCAGGCCUUCCCAGAAAGUUGCCAGUGGGGAUCCCUCUCAGCGAUUAGUCCCCACUCGGACACAGCGCUCCCUGAAGCGCCAGGGCGGAGCUGAGCUCCAGAUGUCCGGGAGCGCACAGCUGGAGGGUCACGUGGCAGCGGCCUUGCCCCCCCCCCCCUCCUUCCUGCCAACGCUGCAUUUGGCCCAGGCUGGGUUCUGCGCUGAGCCCCGGAGGCCCUGGCGUCCGGGGCCGCGCCGCUCCCAAGGGACGAGAGGGGCGGGGGCGUGAGCCACUCGGACAUGAGGCGGAGGCUGCGCCUACGCGGGGACGCGUCGCUCACGCUGCUCCUCGGCGCCGCCCUCGGCCUCCUGCUCUACACGCAGCGCGAGGGCGCGGCCCCGACCACCAGCGCACCCCGAGCUCAAGGGAAGGAAGAGGCAGCGCCUACUUCUGGACUCCGAGUCUUCCAGGCACCGGACGCAGGCGCAGUCCCAGACCCUCUGGCCUACGAAGGGGACACACCGGAGCCGCCCACACCCACGGGACCCUUUGACUUUGGUCGCUACCUACGCGCCAAGGAUCAGCGGCGCUUCCCUCUGCUCAUUAAUCAGCCACACAAAUGCCAAGGAGAUGGCGCACCUGAAGGUGGACCCGACUUGCUCAUCGCAGUCAAGUCAGUGGCGGCGGACUUCGAGCGGCGCCAAGCCGUGCGCCAGACGUGGGGUGCUGAGGGUCGUGUGCAGGGGGCCCUCGUGCGUCGCGUGUUCUUGCUGGGCGUGCCCAGGGGCAAGGGCACUGACGGGGCAGACGCGGAGGGGGAGGGUACACGAACCCACUGGCCAGCCCUGCUGCGUGCUGAGAGCCGCGCGUACUCAGACAUCCUGCUCUGGGCUUUUGACGACACUUUCUUCAACCUAACGCUCAAGGAGAUCCACUUUCUGGCCUGGGCCUCGGCCUACUGUCCUGAGGUGCGCUUCGUUUUUAAGGGCGACGCAGAUGUGUUCGUGCACGUGGGAAACCUGCUGGAGUUCCUGGCGCCGCGGGACCCGGAGCAGGACCUGCUUGCGGGUGACGUGAUUGUACAGGCGCGACCAAUCCGCGCGCGGGCCAGCAAAUAUUACAUCCCAGAAGCGGUGUACGGCUUGCCCGCCUACCCCGCAUACGCUGGUGGUGGUGGCUUUGUGCUUUCGGGGGUUACGCUGCGCCGCCUGGCCGGCGCCUGUGCACAGGUUGAGCUUUUCCCCAUUGACGACGUCUUUCUGGGCAUGUGUCUGCAGCGCCUUCGGCUCACACCGGAGCCUCACCCUGCUUUCCGCACUUUUGGCAUCCCUCGUCCUUCAGCCGCGCCGCACUUGCGCACCUUUGACCCCUGCUUUUACCGGGAGCUAGUUGUAGUGCACGGGCUCUCGGCUGCUGACAUCUGGCUCAUGUGGCGCCUGCUGAACGGACCCCGUGGUCCAGCCUGUGCACGUCCUUGGCCUGCCGUUGCUGGCUCCUUCCAGUGGGACUCCUAGUCACCUUCAUGGCCCCAAGGAAGAUUGUAUUUGGCUCCUGCUGGCAUGGAACCAAUCAAAUGGUAGCCCUUUGAAACAGCCAGGGCUGAGCCAAAGAGCACUAGGCUCUGCCAAACAGGGACACACUUUGUCCUCCUAUUAUCAAGUAGGUUUUUGGGAGCUGGGAUGGGUGGUGGUAGAGGCUCAUGUAAUCUGACCAUAGUCCUUGGUUUGGAAACCCUAGAAUGCCGUAAAUGCACCUUUUUUUUUUUCAAGGCUGGAGGAGGUGUGGGGGCAUGGCCUCAGUCCUCACAGAACUGGCAUGCAUUGUGCUUCCCACCUGUGCCUCCAAAUCAGAUUUUCAGCCCUGGAAAAAAUCUUUAGAUUUUCUUAGGUCUCGUUUCCUGAAGCCAACCCCUUCUGGGCCCUGGUCUGGCUGCAACACCAGGGACAGAGGCACACAGGGACAACUGAGUGCAUGGACCUCCCUAGAGUCUCCCCACCGCAGAAGAACUUUCACCCACACAACAAUGCCAGUCUCCUACUAGAGGCUGUGCUGCUACACUCAGAGGAGCCAAGGAAACUGAGAUGACUCCACCAUAAAGCUACCCAUAUUCUUCAACCACCAACUUUCUCAAAAAUCAACACCCCUAUAUUUAUUUUAGUACAAACAUCCCAGCAACAGCACAUGGUGAGCCGCUGCUGAGGGUAUAGGUCUUUAUUGGAGGUGUAUGGGCAGGGCAUGAGGAGGGUUCCCCUAUUCUAGGAGGAUGGGAAUAGUCCUGGCUGCCCCAACAGUAGGAUGUAUGUGGGCUGGGGGCGGGGGGGGGGGUCUCCGACCAGGCCACAGUCCAAAUAGGAAGACACCAGUCAGUCACAGAGUUAUGGGAGCGCCACACAAGCCUGGCUGUAAGCCCAGGAACCAUUUAGAAGCCUGGGGCACGUCCCCUGCACAUUCAUUGUUAAACUCUAUAGGAUGAGGCUGUACAUGAGUUAAUUACAAAAGAGUAAUAUUUACAAAAAUAUGUACACACAUUUGAAAAACUCACAAAAUUGUCAUCUAUGUAUCACAAGUUGCUAGACCAAAAUAUUAAAAAUGGGAUAAAAUUAUA